AUGAAAAUUCAAUAUCCCGCCACCGAUUUUGGGGUCCAAUCGAUUACCAGUAUGUACUCCUUACCCUUCUUCUUCUCCACUACAAUAAUCGACGAAUUUUACCACUGCACCGUCGCCUCAAACCCUUCUCUCGUGCGUCAACCGACGACUCCACUUCAUCGUGUCGACCAUCACAUCGCUUUGACUGUGUUGAUUAUCGAUGACAACAAUCCACGCUUCGUUGAGCAACAACUAUGGAUUUGGGGACUUUUUAGCUCUCCGUGUAAAGAUCUGGUGAGGAAGCACACUGUAUAUAGACCACACAAGCAUCGGAGAUUCAGAAAUAGAUGCCACCGCAAUCCGUGUGCAAAGGGAAUAUAUUCGUACCUCUACGAAACCUCUUUCAUUUUAUCCAAUAUGCAUUGGGUCCUCUUGGUGAUUUGCCCUUCAAGUCGUGUCUUGUACAUUUUGGAUUCUCUGAUGAAGCGUGUGCAAAAUCCUGUAGACACCUACUACCUGCUCAAACUUUUGGACAUGUACGAAAAAAACACAUCAACUCCAUAUGUAUGGAUGUUCGCUGAGUGAAACCAAGUUGGCGUAUCCGAGAGUUAGCUGAGUGGGCACUAUGUAAUGAAAUGGAUGUUUGAUGUUGUAAUGACCAGGCAAUAUGGAUUCCCAAAUAGAGUAAGUACUUAUUAAAUACUUUUUUUUUUUUUUCAUUUUGUCUGUAUCAAGAACAUGUUAUGUAAUAUUUUAUCUAGUUUGGUACCCUUGGGAAUGAAAAAAUUCCCUUAAAGGUAAAGGUGUUGGUUACGACUGUUGCUACGUGGACUAUGGAAUUUCGGAAUAAUUAUAUGAAUGAUGUCUAAAGGUGCAUAUAAGUAAGAAUGGAGGAUGGCUGCUACACUUCUACUUCGAUGCAAUAACAAUUUAUUUUUUGAAAAAGUUUAUGUAAGUUUAUGUAGUAAGAUAUGAUCAAAUCAAGUUGUUUUUUGUGACACACAAACACGUGUAUAUUAAUGACUAUAAUGGUUG